AUGACGUCCACGAUACCAACAGCACCGGACGGAUACAUCCACGCCGGCCCUGUCUCAGACUUCUUACCAACCCCCUCCUCUUCCUCCUCUGCAUCAGAAACCAAUGGUGAUUCAGGAACGGACAAUCCGAAUGACCAAGGCACGACCUCCGUCUGUCCUGCAGUCAGUGCACCCACCACCCCCACACUCGCCACCACCACCGCCACCACAACAACGGCAACAGAGACAUUAAAGGCGAGCUGUAAAACACAGGGAGAGGAGGGCCAAUUGAUAAAAGUGAUCGAGGUCUCACAGCCGGCAGGUCGGUACCCGCCAGUGAAGCGGGUUGCUGUCAGUUUCUUCCAUAACAAGUGGUAUGCCUUUAUUAAUGGGUCGGCAUUGUCGAAGGGCACGAUGACAGAUAUUGAGGACAUGGGGAUCAUCUGGGGUGCCGGGGUUACCUGCUCCCUCCACAACUGGACGUUUGAUGCGUCGUCGGGACAGUCGGACUCGACGCGGUUUGUGAUCGACACGCACGACGUGAAGGAGAUUGACGGUCAUGUCUUUAUUAGCCAGAAACCCAAGAAUGCUCACAUCGCCGGGCAACGGCGAGACUUUGGCGGUCGCGAGAUGAACUAA